UCUUCUCGACCCUCCCAGUCCAUGGAGAAAAACCCGGCUGGAAAUUCAAAAAGUUUUCAACUUCCCAGCGGCAUUUUCUCGAAAGACUUGCGCGGGAAAGAUUCUUGUCGACCGCGUCCAUGGAGAAAAGCCCGGGUGGAAAUUUAAAAAGUUUUGAACUUCCAAGCGGGAUUUUCUCGAAAGACUUCUCGGGAAAGAUUCUUCUCGACCCAGUCCAUGGAAAAAAGCCCGGUUGGAAAUUUCCAAGGCGGUUUUUCUUCGCCCGCAGACUUUACAUACUCAGGUCCGGUGGCCUGAGCAAAACUUUUACUCAGGUCGCGUAUCCUUCGUCCUUCGUUUCUGCAUUUGUAAUGCAGGAAUGCAGGAGAAAACAUACCAUAGCACGGCUUUCCAACUUUGGAAAGUUGUAGCGCAGAGGUGAAGGACCACUAGGACAACAGAGAGUCAAAUUAGUUGAAGUGGCCAUCUCAACGUUCCUCCGAUGGAGGAAAAUUGAAAGAGCCACGUCAACAGUUUGUCCUUCGUUUCUGCAGUAGCAUUACACAUUGCCAAUCAUGGCUUCCCCCCGGCCACAUGGCCGCAGGCCUGCGCUCGCUGGCGAACGAGCGAUUGAUGGAGGGACGCGGGGACGGGGUGGCGGAUCAGCGACCGGUGAUGGAGGAGAGCGAAGACGAUGGGACGGCUCGGCGCAAGUUGUCGCCGGUUUGAGUAAUGCUCAAAAAGCAUGGAUGCAUCCCCCCCCUCCCCCCCCAUUACUUGAAUAAUGGUCCGACUUUUGUUGGACAAGAUCUUGUGAAAAGUAGAGCAUUAUGCGAGACGUCGCUUGAUUCGUGUUGAACUUGAAAGCUGGCACAAAGAGGGCGGCUUAAUUGAGCUACUCCAUACCCCAUCGCGCCGAGUAACUGGAAGGAAACCUACCGGAAGAUGUGAAGCAAAAUUGAAGUUGGAGUUCGAACCACCACUGAGUUUUUUUGAAUAUCAGGCUCGUCAGUGGCGUGAGCCCGAGGCAGAAUUUUUUUUACAGCUUGCAUUUGAGUAUAAGCUAAGUUUAAGUACUUCAUCUACUUUUAGUGCAUGUAGUGAGGUACCACCGUGUGAUCCUUGCAAAAAUGAUCAGACAGAAAGCUAAAAAGCGUACGUGAAGAAAAUCCAGAAGAAACGAGAAGCGAAAACCGUUUGAGAAAAUUUCAGUUUAUUUUGACGAGGUGGUCGGUGAAACGACAACGAGUUGUAUAGUCAAGGAAUAACAGAAGAGGGCCCAAAAGAGCCCUUAAUUUCUUGCAAAGAGACGAGAGGGGAGAAAAUGAUUACGACCUCCUCAUGCACAGUUGAGUUACUGCAUUUGCUUUUGAUCAAGACGUCAUGCCCAUGUAGACGGG